GGGAGUGACAGCAAAGAACAGUUUUAAGUGACGCCCUGUUAAACACAACUUGUAUGAUAAUAGCAGAAUCUAGGAUAACGGCAACCGUGGGAGUUGAAAGGACUGGAAAGAUAUUGAAAAAGAAAUACACCUUGAAGGUUCUCCCAUAAGACCAUGAGAAAUAGGAACAGGAGGACACUGUUCGGCUUCUCGAGGCUGCUCUGCAAUUCAAUAAGAUCCUAGAUGAUUUGAUUAUUCCUUAUUUCAACUUUUCGCCUUUCCCCUGUAACCUUUGAUUCCACUACUGAUUAGGAAUCUAUUUAUCUUGUUUUAAAUUUGCACAAGGACUAUUCCCACAGCUCUCCGUGACAAUGUGUUUCAAAGACUCAACUGUCUGAGGAAAGAAAUUCUUCCUUACCUCAGUCUUAAGGUCCUAGACUCUCCCAUGAGCAGAAACAGCCUCUCAGCAUUUACCACUAUCUGUGCAUACGUUCACAACCCCUUUGAUUAGAUAUUCUAGAAACUUUGCUCAUCCAGUCACCUUUCAAUUCUACUGCCUUUGAAGAUAAGUAAAUAAAGUUGGGGAUGCUUUUUGAAAACUACUUGUGCUGGCUGCUGAAAAUAACCAGGAACUCCCCUACACAAUAUGAACUGCAAAACAUCAGGCUAGAUUUUCCCACUUGCAGUUAAAAUGUGGUGGUGGCUAAGUUUCAUGGUGUCCAGUCCAUCUUGUCCCAGGGUGAAUUUUCUCACAUGACCUUCCACUUUUUACUUCAUGCAGCCGAGCCAUUGGCCAUCUCCUCGUAAUCAUGUGGAGACUGAGGUGUAAAUACUCGCUAGUGGCAGGACCUUCUGGCUUACAAUGCUCUGGUGUCAAAUUUAAAUCUGCACACCCCUUCAGUCACUGCAAGACAGGAACUACACCUGCUCAACUCUGAGAACAUUUCAGAGGAAAGGCAAGUUACAUUUCUGCUUCCAGGACUGGGAUCACGAUGCGCCAGUGGGACAUCUGGUAGGGAAGAGGACAUUUUUUUUCCCUACCUAUUGCCAAAGAACACCAUAUCCAGUCUGACUGACAUAAUUGCAGCACAGGACGGUGCUGUGUCCUGAGAAGAAAGGGAUGCCACCAAUGCCACAGGAAGGUCAAGGAUGUUCUUUACUCUACAAGGAUGAGCAUCAGCUGAUACUCACUCUGAUACUCUGCAUUCAAAACAACACCAUAACUAGCAAUCAAUCCAAUAGACACAUGAAGCCAGGUCACUAACGGGAACAACAGGCAUUUGAAGCAGAGUUUUGCACUGGAUGCAUCCUGUAAGGACGCAAGAACUAUUUUUGAGGAAAAUCUUUUGAGUUUCACAAUGGCUAACACUGCCAUGCAAUUAGUAGCUUUGAUCGUAUGCAUAAUCGGCAUGGUUGGGACAUUGUCAGCUACUAUUAUGCCCCACUGGAGGAUCACGGCACACAUUGGAGCAAAUGUUGUAACUGCUAUUGUCUACAUGAAAGGAUUAUGGUGGGCAUGUGCCAUGUUCAGUACUGGUGUUUUCCAAUGCGAAACUUACAACUCAGUCCUGGAACUGCCGGCAGACCUGCAAACUGCUCGUGCCAUGAUGGUUAUUUCAGUUGGUCUCUCAUUACUGGCUAUAACAAUCUCUGUGGUUGGCAUGAAAUGCACAGUAUGUGCCAAGGAUUCUCCAAUAAAAGACAAGGUUGCUGGCACCGGAGGAGUUUUCUUUAUCAUAGCUGGCCUAGCAGGAUUGGUGCCAGUGGCAUGGACAAUGAAUGGAGUGAUACUGAAUUUCAACAAUCCAUUGAUUCCUGGUGACCUCAAGUUUGAGAUCGGUGAGUCUUUGUACCUUGGGGUCGUUGCCGCGAUGCUGUCCAUCAUUGGAGGAGUCAUGCUGUCCCUGUCAUUUAUAGGUAGGAGAACUGAGCCCUACAGUAGACGACCAAUGUCCUACCAGAAUCCUGCAGCCAACCGCUCUGCACCUGCUCCAUCGGCUGCAACUGUUCAGUCAAAAGCAGCAAAAUCGGAAUUCAACUCUUACAAUCUGACUGGUUAUGUGUAGAUUCCAUCUGUGUGUUCAGUGGCAUGUUUGGGGCGCAGUGGAAUUACUUAAUGCUGUAAUGAUAAAGAUUAUUCUAUGUGACAGGAUUGUUCUAGUCAGAGGAAUUUACUUAAUUUCACUGUAAAGAUCUUAGCAUGAUAAGGAUUAAACGUUCCCACAACUCAUGAUUUAGUUACCGAUGAUUCUAUAAAUUUUGAGAAAGAAAUCUCCUGUCUCACUGCAUUUGAUAUCAUAAAACGUGAUUUUACUAGGAUCGCAGUAUAACUAAUUGUUAGCAUUAAGCUUACAUAGUAUUUGUUUCUUCCUUUCUUCAGAUCCGACUUUUACCUCAAAAAAUGUCUUAAAAAAUGGCAAGCUGAACAUCUCAGAAUUAUCUUUACUGUUGGCAAAAAAGAUUGUCACAGCUUGUAUUCAAUGUCAUUUUUCCAAAGAAGCAACUGGAUUUCAGGUUAUCUUUGUGGAGGUGUUUUAUACCAGAGCUGGGGCUCAGAUGGUGAGGCAAGGGUUUCGGACACUAUCUUACUGUUUUUAAGAAAUUACUGAAGAGAUCAAAAGCAAGUUCUACUGUUGCUGAUGGUACUUGGUCACCAAUCUUUGUGAUCAUCCUGGAGCUGGCCAGUUAAGAGGCUGUCUCUAAAAGUGUUAUAUUGUUAAAGAUGCAGCGUAGGCUAGGGACCAAAUGGCCCACGGAUUUGGCAUUCGCUGAAAAUGUCUGAAACUCAAAAAAUAUUUGUGGUCACAGCUGCCAGACUAUCAUUAUAGAGGGUGACAGGGUUAGGAAAAGGAUGCCUCACUGGCCCACAAUCACCGUCUGCCAGGUAAUUGACUCCAGAGAGCUGCAGGAAAUUUCCCAUAGCCUGGGGCCUAGCACUGUUAAUAGGAUCGCAACAGCUCCCCAAACCUGUCUCACAUGGUCAGUUAGUUGCUUCCGUUGGGCUACCUGCUGCUGCCAAGUGGUAGCCAGGUCCAUUGUUUACCGUGUCUCUGAUGGUGCAGUCAGAAGUGAUCAACCCAACAUAUUAUGCUGCAAAUGCUCCCCCAAACAUCCAUCAUUCCAAAGCCACCUUAGUGCAGAUGGUAUGAUACCACCCAUUGAGUCUAAUCUAUAAUAGUUAUGGCAAUACGCGCAAUGGAACUAAACAGUCAGCACUUCAUUACCUACAAAACAGCACCCAUUGCUCUCCAAGACAGUAAGCAGAAUUCAGCUUAGUAAGCACAGAAUAGGAAAUUAUGGCUUCCUGCUCCACAAGCACACGUGAGAGAAAACUCUCAGUGCAAUUAUGGGCUUGUCUUCCAGACCAUGGAACACAUUACAUUAACCCACCCACUAAAACCUAUUGUGGGAGGUAUUUAAUUUCUCCACGCAACCUUACUACAAGCAGUAUCAUGUUGAUUUGAUGGAUUUUUUACUCCUUCCUUAUUUUAGAAAAAACUGCAAACAAUUAACAUUGUGGAAAAUAUUUCCACUGGCUAUUUAAUAACCCUCUUGCUAAAUUAAAUUUAUAUUCUCCAUUGCAAAGUUUAUGGUUGAAUUUCAUUAUACAAUGUUUACCCUGUGGUUUUGCUGUUUAAUGUUCUAUAUCAUAUAUAUAUACUAAUGCCGAUGACAUGGUCUGAUACAUUUUACAACUAACUUCACUUCUGAAGCUCUCGAAUAUUUUGUAAUGCUGUGUAACACCUCCCCAGCUAAUGUUCCUGCCUCACCUAUUGAAGUUACCAAACUUGCCUGUGCUAGAACCGUGCUUUUGUUUGUUUAGGUUCAAUUAAUCAUAUGACAUUAUGCUGGAACUGUAUAAAACAUUGGUUAAGCUAUGGGUAGACAUUGAAUACCAUUCUGGAAUCCAUAUUAUAGGAGAGAUACGAUAGCACUGGAGAGUAUGCAGCAGAGAUUUACCAGGAUGUAGUCUGAGCUGGACAGUUUUUAGUUGUGAAGAGAAAUUGAUAGACUGUAUCAUUUUCUUUGGAUCAGUGGAGACUGAAGGGAGACAUGAUUGAGAUUUAUAAAAUUGUGAGGGGAUAGAUAGAGUAGAAAGGAAGGAACUUUUCCCCCUGGGUGGAGGGAUCAGUGAUUAGGGGGUAGAGAUCAAAGUUCAGCGGCACAUGGUUUACAGGGGAUGGGAAGAAAGAUCUUUUUAAUAGAGGGUGGUAGGAAUCUGGAACUCAUUGCUUGUAAGGGUGGUAGAGAUAGAAACCCUCACAAUAUUUAAAUAUUUACAUCUGUGCUCAUAAUGCCAAAGCAUACAGGGCAAUGUGCCAAAUCCUGGAAAGUUGGAUUAGAAUAGUUAGGUAACUUUUUUUUCAACCAGCAAAGACUCUAUGGGCUGAAGGGCCUUUUUUUCUGUGCUGUAGACCUCUAUGACUCUAUUGUGUUUCUAAUUUUGUGCAUUUUGGACUCUUACGCCAUGGGAAAGCCAACAUCUGACCUUAACUAAUGUGUAAACAGGUAGCCUACAAAAACAGGUCAAGCUAGUCUCAUGGAAAAUCUUUUAUAGUUGUUUCAUUUCAUGGCAACAUAAAAGCAUUUCUAAUUUUUAAAAUAAUGUUGUAGCUAAAUAUAACAGUAAGACAUCAAAUUUCUUAAACAGUCCACUUUGUUAUUAUUUUACACCAAUGUCGGUGUUCAAUAGAAUUGUGUUUUAUUGGAAAACAGUUCAGUAAUUUUAUUAAUAAUUGUUAUGUUUUAUCAAAGUAACAUUACAGUCACAUUUGAGUAUUCCCCAAUGGUUCAGUGUGGAAUUGAACGGAAUGUACAGUGCAGAGUUAGAAAAGUGAUCAGUUCCAAUUCCUGAUUUAUCUGAUCUGAGCCAUAGUGGCAAUACGUACAACUUAGCUGAUGAAUACUUGGCUGAUAUCCUGUCCAUGAUUGGUAUCCAGUUUUUUUUGCCUCACUGAAACAGCACAGUGCAUACAUUGGGUAAAGACAGCUCAGACUUCUGUGUGAAGGGUGCUAUAGAGCUAUAGACUGAGUCCACUACAUAGGUUCACAUUUGAAAAUAAAGACAUUUGAGUGAGAUAAUGAUGAACCCUUAUCUUACACUGUAUAUCAGGCUGACAGCUUCAUUUAAGGGUAGGUAAAACUUGAUUUACAUGCAUGUAAAACUAAGCAGUUGAUUAAAUCUAUAGAUUUAAUUAUAAAGGCAAAAAUGUGGCCACAGAUUUAGAUGAAAUAUCAUACAUUACUCAGUUUUUGUUUACAUGUGUUGUGAUGGAAGGAUAAUGUAAAAGGCAACUUAAGCAUUUCCAUGGCAUCUACCAUGUUAUUUGCAUUUCAUAAUCUGCACCACAUUUUAUUUACAGGAACUCCCAUGUCACAGUGACAUAACUUGACCAUUCAGCUUAUAACAGCUUGGCAAUUAACCAACUUCUGCAAUUCAAUUCACUGCUAUGAAUACACAUAUUUUUAAUAUCAGUAUGUCAUUGCUGAAUCCGAUAUGAAUAUUAUAUAGGUUUAUUAUUGAUCACAGAGUUAUUUUGACAUGUCUUUGUCCUGCAACAUUCCAGAAGCACACGUGGAGUCUUUACUUCACCAAAAUGUGCUCCUCGAGACUCCAGAGUUCUGCAGUACAGAGGCUGAGAUGCUCUCUGUUUUGAGUGGAAGUUUUAAAAAAGUAUUAAUCAUGUAAAAUUAAAAUAUGUAUGUACUUUCUGAAUGACUUUUAAGAAAUACAGACGAGAAAAAAGUUAUAUUGUGUCCAUAUGAAUAUUUUUAAAAGGCUUGCUGACAACAAAUGCAGUUCUGAAUACUCAUGAAUGAUUCCUCAG